AGACCCAAAAAUACAGCCGCUAGUUUAAUCUUCUUUCUUGUUUACCUUUCUUUUCUUUUCUUAAACUCUGACACGUCUUCUUUUUUCUUUAGUGCUUGACCUUUGCGUCACCUUCGCUGACCGCCUAUCACGUCUUCGCAACCUCUUCGCUACGUCCCGCGUCGCGCUCUUCGGCGUUUCUACCACCACCGCUUUGACACUGUUUUCAUCAUGACCGGUGACAACUACAUGGCGGCCUGCACUGCCGAGCGGCGCGAGCGCGUGGUCCAUAACGUGAGCGCGCCCGUGGCCGUCCCUUCCAUUCGAACGACCGCCCGCUACCACGAGCGCUUCGGUCUGCCCUCCUUUGAGGACACGACCUUCGUUGUGUUUGGCUACGGCUCCAUCCUGUGGAAGCAGGAGUUCGAGUACGAGGCGGAGUACGAGUCGUACAUCAAAGGGUACAAGCGGGUUUUCUACCAAGGCACGAAGGUGCACCGUGGUCAGCCCGGAGCACCCGGCCGUGUCGUGACGCUGCUGCCCACCGAGGACGACAAGGAGGCCCGCGUCUACGGCAAGGCCUACCAGCUCCCUGCGGACCCCGAAAAGCUGAACCGGAUCUUCACCGCUUUGGACGUCCGCGAGGGCGGCUACGAUCGCGUGCAGCUGCCCCUGUACAACGCCCACCCCACCACCGGCAACCUCACCACCCCCACAACGUCGGCUCCGUCUGCGAAGGCCUUUAAGUCGGAGGCCGCCGAUGUGUACGCCCGCGCGAACUCCACUGAUUUCGCGGCCGGAGAGGCGGAGGAACAACUCGACAUCUUUACGCAUCCAAACGCCCCGGCGGUGCAGCCGCGCCGGAGCGUGAUGUACCUUGUUUACAUUGCCACAAAGGAGAAUGACGACUACGUAGGCGAUGCCCCGAUGGAGGUGAUGGCACGGGAAAUCUUGAGUCGCACCGGCAUCAGCGGCCCGAACCGCGAGUACCUCUUCUUUCUCGCGGACUGCCUGCGUGCCAUCGGUGCGGCGGACCCACAUGUCUUUGAACUCGAUGCUACGGCAAGGCGCCUGCUGCGCGGUCACGAACAGGAGUAUAUCUCGGGUGCGCAACGUCUGGUGUCGAUCGCAUAA